UGGAGUAGUAAUGGUCAAUAAAUAUCUAGGAGCUGGAAAAAUUACAGAAGAAGAACGUCAACGUUUAAUCAAAAUUAAUAAAGUUGCUGCUUUACGAAAUUUUCAACAGAAAAAACAAGAAGAAGCAUUACGAAGAAACCAAACAUACUAUGAAUUACACAAGCACGAAAGAUGUCCAAGAGUAGAAAAAACUAAUAUUGCUAUAAGGGCUGCAAGACGUGAACAACAAAUUAUUUAUCUACAACAAGAAGAAACAUGGCCGGCCCCAAAAAUAGAAGUUGAGCCAUGGGCAUACAAUAUUUUUACUCCUUGUGAGGGCCCGCAACACGAGAAAUGUAAUUUAACUAAAACGGCAAGUAGAACGGCACAUUCAAGACCAAUUCCAAUUAGUAUAACAUUUCCGUUAAUGACAACAUUGGCGCACAUGUUAAUCUUUAAUUGGUUAGGCCGGCAAAGAUUUGGAACUUUAGAAAUUUGGAAUGCCGUUCGAAAUCAAUUAUGCGCUCCAAAUGAAUCCAUUCUUUGGAAAAUUUUGAAGUUUUGGCAACAUAUUCGCUAUAAUCCAAAGAAGGCUUUUAAAGAUAAAUUUUUAGCCGAUAUAGUAGCUAUUCGUGUUGCGAAUUGUAAAGUGCUUCGCAACCUCUAUGGCUAUCACUGGUCCGGGAAAAUAAUUUUAGAGGAAGCAAGACAAACACCGGACCUAGGACUAAAUAAUUGGCUAAAAUACAUUACAAAAAUGCUAUCUAAAGUUUUAACUAAAAAGAAGUUUUUGAUGUGUAGAGGUCCUUCAAAAUUAUACCUAAUUGAUUCGCCAUUUAUCAUCGCAUCAGACGCUUCGGUGCCAAGUAUUCAUAGCUGGGAAGCAUGUAAACUAGUCCAUUUUGAUGGUGGUCGAGACCUACAUCGAAUUAUAUAUUUUGGAUACCGAACAGAGGAACUUCUAAUAGUUGUGAAGCCAAAUGAGACAAAAAUGAAUUCAAUAGCAAAUUCUCUCGAAUUUUGGCGAGCAAAUGGAGUACCGAUCGGCAUUACCUUGAUACAUAACGAAGAUAAAUUGGCAAGAGAACGAUUAAAAUUCACGGAACAAUUCCGAAAUUUAGCCGAAUCUUUUAAUACCGGCUAUUAUUAUUUUGAUGGGUCAAUGGAAAAUUUAAACAAAGUAAAGGGAAAUAUUCUUCAUACUCCUUCUAUAAAUUAUGAAGUAGAAUCAACAUCACGUCAAUUCUUACCUUCUUUACAACAAAUAAAUCAAGUUCCUGAACCACAACGCCCUUCUUGGAAUCGCGCCUAA